AUGUCAUUAAUGACCCGACCGAAACGACCUUCAUUUACCAUCGUAAGAGAAGAAUAUAAUUACAACGACCCUGAUUCAAUAAAUCCAGAUUUAUUUUGUUCGAUUUGUCAUGACGUCUUUGAUAUAGUAAAAAGAACCAAAAGAUGUAAACACUUAUUUUGUUACGCUUGUAUAACGCAAGCAUUGGUUCAAAAUAAGUCUUGUCCAAUUUGUAGAACUCAUUGCGUUGAAAAUGAAUUCCAUUCCGAUAUUAACGUACAAAAUGUUUUGGAUCAAUUAAUCGUGUAUUGUAACUUCUCUCCUGAAUGUAAUUGGAAGGGAACUAGACAUGAUUUAAAAUCUCAUUUACAAAUCGAAUGUCAAUUGAUUCCUGUACAUUGUAACGAGCAUGAAAAUCAUCAGGAUUGUAAAGAAGUUUUAAAGCGUCAAGAUAUUGAAAAACAUCGAAGAGAAUGCCCGCAUAAAACGAUUGGUUGCCCUUUAGGAUGCAAACAAAAAUUUUACGAAUUAGAAGACCUUGAAUUACAUAUGUCAGAAGAAUGUAUCAAUCGACCGGUAACAUGUCCCUUGUGCAAUAAAUCUUUAUUACAUUAUGAAUUAAAAGAGCAUGGAUUCGUAUGUUUAAAUAAGAAAAUAAAUUGUCCACAUAAGAAUAUUUUAGGUAGUUUUGGAGGAUGUUUAGAAGAAUUUGAAAGAAGACAUUUAAGUGAGCAUUUACAAUCAUGUAAAUUUGAACCUUUUAAAGAGGCAUUUAGAGGAAUAAAUAUGCAAAUGAUGGCUUUAGAGAGAAAGAUUGAAUCAAUACAAAGAUCAUAUAAAGAUGAAUUGGAUCAAUUAUCAACGUUAAAAUUACACGCGGGUGAUGUUUCAACACCUGAACAAAUUAAAAACAUAUUAAAAUAUAAUCCCGCAAUAAGGUCUUUACAUUUACUGGAUUUUCAACCUGGUACGAAAUGGCAAUAUUUAACCCACGUAUUACAAACAAAUGACACGAUAACAACGAUAUCAUUAAAAGGAAGCGAGAUUGAGAAGGUCGGAGCUGUCUUAUUAGCCAAAUCGUUAAAAAAUAAUUUUUUCAUUCACACUUUAUUACUUACCGAUAAUAAUAUCGGAGAUCAAGGCAUCGGAUAUUUAUCAAAAUCUCUGGAAAUUAGCAAGACCAUCAAACAUAUUGAUUUGGCGGGAAACAAUUUUGGUGAUAAUGGGAUGGAAUCAUUAUGCAGAGCAUUAGAAUCAAAUUCUAUCGUUGAAACCCUUGAUUUAUCGUGGAAUAAUUUAAGAACAAAAGGUAUUGAAUUUUUAUCAAAAGUGAUAGAAAGAUCAAGAUGUAAAAUACAUUCUUUGGACCUUAGUAAUAAUGAUAUCGGUUAUAAGGGUAUAGAAUUUUUGGCCAAAGGGCUUGAAACAAAUAGGUCCAUCGUGACAUUAAAUCUUGAACAUAGUAAAGUGGGUAAUAAAGGUACCGAAGCUUUAUCAAAAUCCUUGGAAAAACAUAAACAUUUACAAGUAUUGAUUUUGGCCGAGAAUCAUAUCGACGAUAGAGGUGCCGAAUUUUUGUCCAAUGCUUUACUGGUCAAUCAAACCUUACACACUUUACACUUGGAAGGCAAUUUGAUCGGUGAUACUGGUACCGAAUGGAUCGUUAAAUCAAUGAAUAAAAGUGCUCUUGCUGCUUUUUCGGGCGGUAAUAAUGGUAAUUACACUAAUUUGAUGAAAACCAUUUAUUUAACAAGGAAUGCUUUUAGUAGAUCGGGUAUUAAAAACUCUACUAAGAAUAUUAAAUUUGUUAGAGUUGUUACUGAGCGAGAAUGA